UAUAUAUGUAAAUUAGAUCGCAAAUUGUUUACUAAAACAAUUUAAAUUACAAAGAAGUUGCAAGAUUCUUUUAGGGAGGUAGUAGUAAGAAGAAAGGCUGCCGCGCCCCACCCCUGACAAAAGCAACACCCGCCUACAAAAAUGGAUGUGGAGGAGACAAGUGACGAUACAUUCCCAUUAGGUUUUCCCGAGCCGGGCACCUGGAAUCAAUCCCACAAUGUGCCGCUGGAAAAUAUGAAAAUUGAUGCGCCCAUGAUAUGGCUGCUUCUAUCUCUAUUCACCACGAUUGUAUGGGUCACCUAUAUAACAUUCUAUAACUCUCGUGUGAUUGGAAUGCUUAUUACCAAAGUGGCAAAUCGUUGGUUCAUCAAGGGGGCCUAUUUCAAAAUUGGAUCCGUUGCCUUGAAUCCACUUGCCGGCAAGAUAAUGUUUCGUGAUUUUGUCUACAUCACGUACGAUUAUACAAUGAGAGUGCAAGAUGGCUAUUUCAUAUUCCGAUGGUGGCGUUCCUAUGUACCCAAAGAUGUCUCCGAAGAUCUCUCGCAUUCCGAUACACGAUUAUCGGUUCAGCUUAAUGGCUACGAAUUGCAUAUAUAUAAUCGAUCCGAUUUAUAUGAUAAGCUGGAGAAGACAUUUGGCUUGGAGCCUUCUUUGUUAAUACCCACGGAUUUGUUGAGCACAGAGGAGCGUAAUAAACUAAAGGAGCACAACAUGAACAUGGAGAAUGCACGACAAAGUCAACGUGUUAAUGCCGUUAAGAACUCCGAGGCUAUGCAGGCCACCACAUGGAGGGAUUUGAUACCAGUGAUCAAGAUCGAUAUAUGUUCGGGACGAUUUGUCUUUGGCAAUCGUCUGACACCGACAACUCUAUCCAUUUCAAUGGAGGAAGCCCAUUGCACGUACAGCACGAAGCCGGCUGUCUGUCAAUUGGAUAAUUUCAUGCAUUUCGUCAAGGCCAAGGUGGAGAAUGCCAAGGUUCUGUUUUGCCCCAGUCCUAAGUAUACGGGCUUAAUUGAUGAACCGCCAAGGUAUAUGGGGGAGGGAUUUGUUGUGAUGAUGUCCAAUCAAAUGGACUUAUAUUUCUAUAUGGACGAACCGGGCUUAGUACCCGAACAGCCGGUACAAAUAAUGUUACCCAAUGGCGAUGUGGUGGAACCUUCGCCCCCGGUUUGGGGUAUAAAUGCAAGAUGCUUGAAGGGAACCGAUUUCAGUUAUGGCCCCUGGGCGGAUCGUCAACGUGAUCAUUUGUAUAAGUAUUUCUAUCCAUCCGAUUGGAAAGAGGCUGAAGUGACACCUAUCCCACAGCCUGGUGAAUUGCGUAGCUAUCAGAGUUUCGAUAUCACGCUGUGUGUACUUAAUGAGGCCACCAUCGAUAUACUCUUCUCCAAGGAUAAGGAAACCAAUGCCAUGCAUAUAACUGUGGGUGCCGCUUCGUAUGUGGAAUUGACCAUACCCUGGGUUACGCUCUCCGAUGGUUAUACUUCGAAAAUUCAAGGACAAUUGUUUCAUGUGGAGGCAACAACAUCAUUGCAAUAUCGUAGCUUGGCGGAAUUUGAAUCGCUGGAAUAUAAAGUGCGCAUACAUUACCCCACCAAAUGGAAUGCACCGCAAGAUUGGAAUAUCUCGUUGUCGGGGUGCAAGACAAGUGCAUUCAUUGUCUAUAAACACAAGUGCUUCUUCCAGGAUCUCAUUGAGGAUUGGGCGAAUAAGGCUCGUCCCGAUAUACUCAGUUUUGUGCCCUACACAUGCAACUUUAAUAUACGUCUUCACGAGUUUGAGAUCCUAAUGCUGUGCAAUGAGUAUAACUGGAUCGAUUGUAGUAGUGCCAAUCAGGAGAACAAUCAUUUGGCCUUUUGCGGCGAUGUUUUCGAGAUGAGUUUCGCUUUGCCCUUCGAUGAUUUUCUGCCCAAGACGGUAACGUUGAAGUUUUGGAUACAUGGCGAAGGCCUGGAUCUGAGUCUAUAUGUGCCCGAGGUGUCGUCGGUGCGUCCCAUAGUUUUAGCCAUAGAUGAGAAUGCAAGACUGUUGACCCGCGAGGGUAAGCUCAUUCGUCGUCCGGAUCUAUAUACGAAAAAAUGGCGAAAAAUUUGCCAGCGUAGUGCCGGUUGGAUUGAUUGCUGGGCUGUGCCCAUAUUGGCAUUGUCCAUCCAAUAUGUCUAUCAUCCGGUGCCGCCGUUGGGUCCCGAUCCGCAAGCGGAUAUCACAACACCUGAAAAGGAGGAGAUACUCCUCAGUCCCAUGAGAAUACCGAAAGUGCGAAAAUCUCCUGUGACCAGUUGGCAACAGCCACCGGAGCAAUAUAGUAAAUUUGAUCCCGGCUCGCUGCCGGCGGAUCAUGUCACGGUGGAAUUGGAAAUUGGUAGUUCCGUAUUGAUGGCCUAUGGGAAUGUCCUGCGUAAUUUUAUCAAUCUCAAGGAGAAUAUAUUUGGUGAAGAUCAAAAUUUCACCGAUAUGGAACAAUCGAAUGUCAAUUUAAAGGAUCCGGCCGGAGUUGGAACAACAACAGCAAACACAGCCACCAUUAAUCCCAAAGAUCAUCUAAUGGCCAAGGACAAAGAGAUGGCAAAUAAAUCGAUAUCCGAGAUACAACCGCCAGAAGAGAAGCGUAAACCAUUUGAUCCUCGUCUCUAUCGUCCGUUGGAGGUCAUGGUAUCAGUCAUUGUCCAUGAUAUACAAGCGCAUGUGAUGAAAAACUGCAAUGAGGAUGAUCCGCCAUGUCCAGUAGUGCUUAUCGAACGUUUUGGCUUCGAGAUGAACAAACGGUAUCAUGAGACAACGCUGCAAGUGCUAGUUAGUCCCUCUUAUUUGCUUACCUCGGACACGUUGCAGCGUCAGCAACGUGAACAGCAUCUCAAUCAGGGACAUCUCCUCCUAUCUGCUGUCCAAGUGCGGGGUCAUGCCAUGUUUAGUAACGAAGGAUGUGCCCUGGAUGAGGAUACACUCGAAUACUCGUGGCUGGUGGAAGUUCAACUGGGCAAACUGACGGGUAAACUGACUCUACCUCAAUUGGUUAAUGUAGUAACUGGCCUGGAAACUCUAAUCCUUCUGGCCAUCGAUCCCGAAAACUGUUUAAAGUCACCUAAAACAGUGCUUAAUUGUCAUCAUGGUGUGCCCAGUAAUCUCUGUCCACAAACUAAGGAGGAGAAGAAAUACAAAUGCCCCUCAUCGGAGGAUAUCAAGUACAAAAUGACGCGUGUCUCUGUUGAUGCGGUAGAUGUGUAUCUGAUAGAAAGUGGCGCCGCUUUGCACGCCUGGAUUUCACCCAUACGUCUGGCCAAUUGCAAUCUUCAUGGCCAAAGAGUGAAGUCUGGAAUCUCUGGUCUGUUACCUUCCAUACUCUUGCGUCUAUUUAUGCAACAUGCCAAUAGCUCCUCCUAUAAUACAAAUACCACGGGCAGCAAUCGCUCUGGCAAACUGCGUCGCGCCGAUCAAGAAUCACUCAAAUCUCAAGAUGCUGUUGGUGCCGGCAGUUCACAUGGUUAUGGCCAUAGUAGAAGUGGCAAACGUAGUUCCAAUUCAUUCUCACAACGUCGUGACUCUCGUGAAGAGGCCACUCGACGAUUACGUGAUAGCUUCUCGGAAUCCCAUGCCCCCAAACGCACACCAGAAACGAUUGAUCUCAGUGAAAAUUGGGUGGAAGUGGGUUGCACCUCUCUGGGACCCAUAUUGUUGGAGGGAGCUUCAGCACUGCCUAUACCAGAUCAUGAAUUGCAUCUGGUACAGCAUAACUUUCUACGUGAGCACGAUGCAAAAUUCAAACGUUUGUGGUUUUUGUGGUCCAAUAAUGGUAGUGCCUUGUCAUCGGGUAGCGAAAUCUCUCGAUGUGGUUGCAUUGGUGGUUGUGCAUUCUUUGGCAGCAAUCGUAAUGGUCAAAAGUUCUUUAAGCCCACUGCCCAGGAUGUUCAUGACAAUUAUAAUAUAGCUCGUUACUUCAUAAUCAAUAAUAAUAAAGACUUUGGCUUCGGCGAGAGUAUACUUCAUCAGGGUCAAUUGGUCUUCCAUACACCUCCUUAUAGCUUACAUUGUGUGUCCUUGUACGAUUCGGCUGAUUUCAAUGGCAAGGGCAAACUCUAUAGACCUGUUCCAAGUGAUUUACGUAAUGGUAGCCUUAAGAAAUCCGAACAUUCUAACCUACCAGAUGGCACCAAAUUUAAGAUUGGCGGCAGUGCCACAAAUUCUAUGGAGAAACCAGAACUAAAUAAUCGCCACAAAUCACGCGAAAGUAUUGGCUCACCGAAUACAUUGGAGAGGCGUAGCAAACGUUAUACAUGCACACGGCAAACCUCUGUGGAGGUGCCCUAUGCCCGCCUUCUCGACAGUCCCUCAAAGAAAUUGCAAAUGCAGCAACAUGAGUCGGGUGAGAUAGCCACAGGAGGUAGCCAUCGACGUGGCUCGGAUUCGCAUAGAUUACGUGUGUCGCCACCCAAGACAAGUAUCUCCGAUUCAAGACUGACUGGUGAGGCUCCGGACGAUGAGCAUGAGAUGCCCGAUGAAAUGUCACAUUCGGCACCACAUUCCCAUCCUCUGGAGUUUGAAAUUGCUGACAUUGCCUUGCAUAAUCAAGGGCUGGGCAUUGAUCAAUUACCACGCGAAGUGCAGCGCACUAUAUCUUUAACAUCGGAGAAUCCCAGCGAAAUGUUUUUUUCUGCCGAAGAGGAUAUAUCGAAUGUAAUGUCUCAAAGAGGAUCCAUGAAGCAGCGAAAUAGUGCAAACAGCGGUUCUGUUGUGUUAUCUGGCAAGAAACGUUUUUCCUCUGAUUUGAGCAUUGGUGCCCAAAACGAGAAUGGAAGUCAUACAUUGCCCACUUAUCGCAGUGAUCUAGAGAUUCAUGCUCCUGAAAGCAAUAACAAAACAUUACCAAAGAGACCACAAAGCUCACAAGAACUGGCGGAUUCACAUGGAUCUUCAUCAGGAACUCCUUCGCUAUCGUCCAACUCUUUCAUAUCGGCCAUGUCAUCGCAAGAGGAUGUUGCGUUGAUCAAUCUCCAUCAACAAAUUAAUCGACCCAUUAUCGAUUCCCCACUUCUUAUGGCCAGCUAUUUAAAUCAUUUGUCCCAGGUGAAAUGUUUUAAUUGGUGCGGCUGUUCGUUUCCCUUGGGACCGGAUGUCUUUUCUACGCCUCUUUUUCACGAGAACGAAGAUGGUGGCCUGACUUAUAUCGGUAGCAAAAUGUUGCCACAUUUUGAUUUGUAUUCAUGUUGGCGUGAAAUCAAAGUGGUUCCUCGCUACGAGAAUGCUACUGGUAGCAAUAGUUCGGCCACAUUUAUGGGUGGCCCGAAAUCACAUCCCUGGGAUCCGAGUGUUUUGCUUAAAGAAGAAGAAACGGACAAGACCACAAAUGGUUUUGAUGAUGGUGAAUUCAUGAGUCUACAGGCUGAAGGUGGAGCUGCCUGUACAUCGGUGGUGGCCAGGCUAAAGGGUCAACUAAAUGUGUUCCUAACACCGCUGCUAUUAGAGGGAUUGCAACGGAUGGUUGAGGCUGCUAUACCAACCAUACAAUCGAUGCACUUACUCUCGGUGGUCAACUUUAUACACACAUCGUGCAUAGCAAAAGUGAAUAACGACAAUAUUUUAAAGCGAGAUCAAAGUCUUAGCUAUUGGUCUCAAGUACAUUCCAAUUCGAAGCGUUCGACAACAGAACGUCAUCUUCAGGGACCAGGCGAUUCAUUUCUUAGCGAUGUAUACGAGGAGAGUAUAUCGACCAAGACGCAGGGAUUGAUUGUUUUGCCCAAGGUUAGCAUUACUAUGCUGCAGUCUUCGAUUGUGGAAGAAAUCAUCUCGGUGGCAGCGCUGGAUAAUGUCCAAGAUCUAAGUUGUGUUUCCUUGCUAACGUUCUACAUGGAGGGCAUCUCUACCAAGUUCCAUUUGGGUAAGACCACACGUGCCUCCAUGCACAAUGUGUAUAUCCAACAGACCGUACAGUCUGGUAAUAGCCACAAAAAGGGUGGAAUAAUGAAGGGAACAAGAGCAUUGUUGGCCCAUUUAUCAUCACAAACGCGUCCGGACAAUGUCCAGGGAGAACCCAUACUGAUUGAGACAUCGGAGAAACAGCUGGAAGAACUAGUUAUUACCUUAGAUAUUGGUAGAGCUCACGCCCAGUUGCGUCGCCUGAAGAACGAAGGUCAAUCGUGUACCCAGGAUUCACCCAUUAUAGUCACUGCCAUACCAGAGCAUAAGAGCAAAGUCCUCUUCGAAUGCCUUAAAAUGCCCGAGAGUACGGGAAUUGAAAGCAUAGGCUACAUUAUGUUUGAAUGUGGCCUCGAGGGUGUCGGCGUGAAGAUUGUGAAGCGUUCACAUUUCGAGAAAUCGGAGAAUAGCAAAGAAGAGCUGGCUGAAAUGGCAGGAGCGGCUGAUCUGAAUGAUUUGGUAGACGGCUCAGCGACGACCAAUGAUGGUGGAGCUACUUCCAAGGCAGAAGCUGCAUGGAGAAUGAUUACCAAAAAGCCACCAACACCAAAAACACCCAAAGAGAAAUUCCAACAUGCUCUCGAUAAUAUAAUUGUUAGUGAUAGUUCAACCACAGCUGCAGAUCAGAGAAAAUCGACACCCAAGCAGCCAGAUGAUGAUGUGGAAAAAGGACCAUCGGGCGCAAAUAAUCCUGCAGGAGGAGGAGGAGGUGGUCAAAAGUCUUCGUCUCGAGACAAUCAGGAUAAUAAAGUUUUGUCCAAUGUUAAGGAAACGGAUAAGACUUCUUCAUGUGUAAUUGAAUUGAAGUCAGUGUGGUUAAAUUUCGCUGCACCACCCUGUGUACCUAUAACCAGAAAAAUAGAUUUGACCCGUCUCGAUUGGAAUCUGUUGAGCACUGCCUCGCCAGCCAUUACAGCCUGGAUGAAUCCAAGCAAUCGUUUGGCCAUCAAGAUCGUGUCACUCUGCAAGGCUUUGCAUACACGACAAACGGCUGUGGCGGCUUGCCUCAUGGCCGAGGCCAUGGAUAAUGAGAAGAUUCAGAGAAAUCCCAAGAUCAAGAAGAGUCGCUAUGCCAACAACUACACCUUGCUAUCGAAGACAUUGCAAGAGGAUCCCAGUUGCCAGUUGUGUUAUAUUAUGCAGAAACUAGUACUGGAUGAGGGCGUCCAACGUAUUGAGCAAAUCUUCAAGCAAGGCGAUGUCCCUCAUUUGAAUACACUGCGUCAGGGCAUAAUUGUAUUGAGUCGUCAAUGGAAGAACACACUGUAUAAUCCCAUACUAUUCGAGCAUCAGUAUAAGAAUAAGCUCGCACGACCAAUCAAUGUGACAUUCUCGUUCCCACAGAACGAGGAGGAGUGCGAGGGUGAUGAGUGCGAAGGUGAUGUUGAAAUGGGCGCCUAUUCGGGCGUCGGCGAGAAUCCGGAAGAGAGUGAGAAUGCUUUAUUACUUGGGCAAACACAGCAUCAUCGAACUCACAUUGAAAACAAUCAAUAUGGUGGUUUAUCGUAUAACCAUGAAGCUGGACUCCAUGGCGGUGGCCCUGCCUCCCAGCGUUCCACUUCUACAUCGCCAAAUAUCCACAACACGCGUCGUGGUUUAACUAAAGUGCACAGCAAGGCCUCGAAUUAUUCACAUGGCAAUUCAUCUCGUUCUAGCAUACAAAUGCUGCCCAUUAUAUCGGGGCUGGUGGAGAAGCAAGCUGAAUUCGAAUAUGGAGCAUUGCAAGAGGGCUCGUUAAGUUCCACCAAUUCGGUAAACAAAUUUUGGCUUGGAGCUGAAAACCAUAAGGAGGAUCUCUACUUUUGGAUGGCCAAACAGCAGGAUAAUAAAAAGAAAGAGCACUUUACUGAAAAGGAACAUCAUGCCCGGCCGAUUCCACCAAAAUUAAAUGGCCAAACGCAUACGCGAAGUGGCAUAAUGCAGGAUUCAAUUAAAUUGCUCGAUGCCCAUUUGAUCUUUGAGCCAUUGCUAACUUGUUUGGGUGUGAUGCCACAGCAAAUGAUUAAUAAAUUCGCCAAUGCUGAUAUAUCAUCGCUAGAGAACUUUGGCACAAAUCUAUCACUAAUUGGCACGUUUGAUUCCAUACGUGUUGAUAUUGUGGUUAGCGAAGCAGGCGAUAAGAAGAACACCAGCCAAAAGCCCAGUAAACUGAAUAAGAAAUCCAAUGGUGGACGUGCCUCCAUUAUGAUGGAUACCCCACUCUUCCUAUGCGAGCGUGUGGGAGUGGAAUUGGAGGUUUUGAAAAUGUCCGACGGCAUGGUGGAUCAGGCUAGACAAAAUGUUAUCUAUAUGUCACGACGCCAGCUCAAGAAACACACGAGCACUGUGAUCAAUUUUAGCCUUAAUGUGCGUUUCAUAUCGCAACAGGUCAAUAUGCCUCUGCUUAGACUCUUGCAUCAGAUCUGUAAUAUGUAUCAGAAUGUAAAAGAUGCUCAGAACGAAUUUCACGAACAUCCCGAAUUGAGCAAGAAGAGUCAGACCAAAGACGAAUGCAGUUUGGCAUCAGAACCCACAGACAUUUUGCCAUUUGCUUCUGUUUCGGAACGUUUUGGCCAUGGUGAAAGCUAUUCCGAUGAGCGUUACGAUAAAUUUAAUGAAACAAUGCCCACAAUGCCAACAGCAACAGGACGAAUGCGUCCCGGCGGCAUGGCUCCAAUUAUUCAGUUGACUCCCUCGCCCAAUGCCAAAAAUCGGCCACAAAGCUUUGCCCAAAAGCUACGUUCUACAGGAAAAUCGGUAAAGGGCAAAUUGGGUUACACCAAUCUCAAUGAGUCGAGUUCAUCGCCGCUAAGAGAUAGUCCUACCAUGUCCCUGCAUGAGGCAAAUAUUCUAAAGAUGUCCAUCGAAUCGAGAGCUUCCCUUAAUGGUGGUUGUGCCACCAGUGUUAGUGGCGAUUAUCAAAACACUUUGACCAAAGCGGGCUUGUCGUCAUUGGCCCCCAUGUUGGAGACACCGAAUUGUUGGAAAACCAUUUACCAUCUAUUGGAAUUAUACGGCACUAUGCCCGAGACCAAGACAGUGGUUCAACGUAGUUCUCUGAAUGAGCAUAAAAAGGCGGCAUUCAACAACGAUGAAGAUGAUUUGACUAGUGCUCCAACGCCAUUGCCGCAACAUCGUGAAAUGAUGCUAGUCGAUGGCAUACCCCAAGAGCGAACACGUCUUAUUGUUUUUGGGGUAGCCAAAAUCCAUAAGACACGAUUGCUGGCUACACUUUCUGGCCUGAAAUUGGAAUCGGAGAUCACAACGUUGAACAGUACGGCCACGUGGCGUAAGAAGGCUCGUCCCGUAUCUCUCGAAUGUUCACUAACUGGCCAGGUGGGACGUGCCAUGAUUGUGCUUCUCGAAGGAGUUGCUCCGAGUCAACAAACCGUUGUUAAGGUAACAGUGGGCAAGAGUCAGACCCUUUAUUCAAGUCUCUCCAAACGGGGCAAGGAUAAAAAUAGUGGCCUACUAUCAAUUGGUGCGGUGAAUAUUGAUAUACCACAACAUCCGGUUGCUUUGCAUGGUAUGAUGACACGUAGCUCGAAACAAUUGUCGUCCACAUUGCAAGAGUUGAGGGUGAAACGGAAUUCGGGACGUUCUACUUUGCGAUCACAUACAGCCGAAGAGCCAGAGUCACCAUUUCAUGCCCGCAACUCUGGAGGCACUAGCAGCGGCGGCGGCGGCGGUGGUGGAGGAGGUGCUGGUCCUGGCAUGGGCCCCAGUGAUAUGCGAGAACGUACUGUUUCUGGCGGUGCUGGUGGUGGUGGCGCAUCUGCUGCUGGUGGUGCUGCUAGCGCUGGAAAUCAACAUCAGCAAUCACAAUAUGCUGCAGCGGCACGUCGCGCUGCCCACAUGGCCCAAUCGAAAUCGGCUACAGCGAAUCAACAAAAUGGAUUGCUUCAACCUCUGGUCAUGCAGUUUAAUGUUCUCCUUCAAAGUUUGUCCAUCAAUGCGGCAUUAUUGCCCUCACUACAGGCUCAAUAUCGCAUGAAUCAUGUGAGUUCGAUGGGUGUAACUGGGCAAAGAGCCAAAUUUGUUAUUGAUUUGCCAACGCAUACGUUGAGUUUCAAUACGAAAAUCCAAAAUGAAAUGAAUUUGCCAUCGGAGGCAUGCAUUGGACUGCCACCAGUUCAUGUGUUAGCUGAAUAUAUACCCGAUCAUCGACAAGAUCAUGGUACCGAAACCAUAGAAGGCAUAGUCCUACGUCAAGGUGGUUAUGUGAAUGCCAGUGCCGAGAUUGGAGAGUUUGAAAGAUGUCUGACCACAGACUUGCUUAAUCAUUUGGUAUUCGUUCAGAAGGUUUUUAUGCGUGAGAUAAAUGAAGUGCUCCAAAAGGUAUAUGGAGGCGAGAAGCCUGUGCCAUUAUGGAUCGAAGAUAGUGGUGAUGCAUCCAGUGUUCAAGAAUCUUCAUUGAAACGUAUACUCUUCUCCAUUAACAUAUCAAUGAAACGCAUCCAAUUGACUGCCACAACACCAUGCUCCUCGGCGGUGCGAUUUGAAACAGGCACUUUGGAAUUACAGCUAUCGAAUCGUGUAAAGAAUCUUGGCGAUCUCAAUAAUCGCAAGUUAUUUUUUAAGGCCCACAUCGAUUUCAACCUUUCCUUGGGCCAGAUUAUCAGAAAUGUUAUAUUCGAUGAAGCGGAACCAGAAUUCCAGCAAUAUGCCUUCUUCCAUACGACCAUCGGCUUGCGUAAUGCCUUCCAGGAUGAGCUGCUCAACGAGGACAAGGAGCUAAUCCUGUUGACAUUGAAGCGGCCCCUGGUCUACAUUCAGCCGAUAGCAGUGGAUAAGGCCAUAUUGGUGUGGUUGAACUACAAGAAUGCCUAUGAAUAUUGGGCCGAGAAGCGUGCAAAUCUCUGCUACGAGCAUAGUCAGCAUACGACCCAACAGGUUUUCGAUCGUGUUGCAUUUGGCCAAAUAGCCAGCUCGAAUCUUUCAACAUUGUUCCUUCAAUUGACGGUAGAGGAUAUGGGCAUUUGCUUGCCACUGAAACAAGUGAAUACUGUGCCCUUUGGACCUCGCUCGUAUCAGGACUUUGAUGCCAAGGGAGCUGUUGUUAUAACCCUAGAAAAUACCAUCAUAUCAGCGUGCAAUUCAGGUGCUUUGGUCUCCAAGGGUAAAUUCCAAGGUUUGUGUCUACGUUUUGCUGAUGAUUUCGAGACCAAUUUGGAUGAUUGGAAACCCACGAGCGGGGAACCGAUCAUGAAUGUCUGCGUUGUCUCUGAGGGUACAUUUGAGGUUUGCUCACGCACUACCGCCGCCAAGAAGGGAGAGAAUGCCAAAUGGCUGUUGAAUGUUAAAUGGCAAAUGGAGGGUGUGGAUAUACACUUGGAUGUUAAUAUUGGCAAACAGCUGAGCUCUUUGGGUCAUACGCUCACCAUGUUGACGGGUUUCGAAGAGGAUGAGACCCAAAUGGAGUCACCCGACAGCGAUGAGGGCGAUCAAAGCUGCCGUGAUACAUAUGUGCGACGACGCGGUGACUUUGAUAAUUUGCCUGCUUUUGUUUUCGAUCCCACAAUCGAUUCGAAGAAGCGAUCGUUUAUGAUGGAAAAGGAAAUGGCUGAACAAUUGAAGAUUAUCAAUGAUCUAAGAACUUUGGGCGCCUCACAAAAUACUGUGGCCCAUGAGGAAAGACGUCUGCAAGAGCUGCAGGCCAUAUGCUAUAAAUAUUUCCGGCGCGAUAUGAUCCAAAAGUGGAAGCGACCAUCGUUGAGGCGUUCCCUAAAGAACUAUAAUCGCUCGCAUUCAUAUAUGGGAGCAGGAAGUGCAGGAGUUGCGGUGCCAGCUCUAAUAGACAAUGUUAGUCACAGUUAUGCUGGCAGACGCCUCGAUACAAUUGCCUCAAAUGAUGAGAUUUCUAGUCUUCAGAGUACGCCCGCGUCUUGUCAUUCGCGUAGUGCCUCGUUCAAGGUUUCUGGGGGAGGUGCGGCACCAGGAAGUGGUGGUAAUGGUGGAAUUGGCGCAUUGGGCAGGGUUACAUUCACAGAGGCCAUGCGGCAAACUUCUUUACCCAACGCCGACACAGACACUGAGACUCAGGAUAAUGAGCUAGACUGGACGCCCAGUGAAAUGGAUGUAGAUGGAACAUCUGUGGAGAUGCGUCGCAAGCAUGGACAUACUCAAAAGCAGGCUGAACCAAAUAUAGAUUUUGAAUUGGAUGUAAAAGUCCUAGUCAACUCGGGCAAAUGUGUCUUGCAUACAAAGGAAACGGGCGAAGGCUUUGCCACUGGAGCAGCAGGAUCUAGCGGAGCAGCAACAACCGCAGCGGCUUCCAGUGUCAAAUCUCACAAGCGAGAGCGUAGCAUUGGCAAUGAUUGGGGCAGUCCAACACCAUCGAGGCGACAAAGAGAUAAAAGCAAAUUACGCUAUAAUGCCAAUGCCCUGCUGGCUGAUCUAACCAUCUUUCAUAUUCCUGGCUUAGAUGUCAAACUCCACUAUCAAUCUAAAACUCUACUGGAACAAUCGGCGGGGUCGUCGGGUUUGAGUGCCGAACAAAUGGGUUCUGCUCGCCGUCUGGGUACCAAGCGAGCGACUUUGUCCGCCUGGAUGACAUUGCAGAGCAUACCAGAGGAGACCAUUAUAUCACCACAUAUACUUGAGUUCUUGGAACAGACCCUUGAACCGAUACCCACUCGCCAACAGAAUAGUCAACCACCAACACCAUCACACAAUCCCGCUGUUAAUCUCGAUAUUUUACCAGCCAAUUAUGUGACAUAUACCUCCUUCCCGGUGGAUGUUAUUGUCUAUUUUCAUAUGCAGCCUUCGACAUUCCGUUUUAGUUGUCUUCCAGUUUCUCGAGUGGAAUGCAUGCUUCAGUUGCCUAGCCUGGAUAUUGUCUUUAGCUCGAAGAAGAGUGAGGAGGAAAAUCACCAUCAUCAACAGAAUACGCAAUCCCAUACGCAAGGCGGACAUACUGAACAAAUACCAACUGGCGGCUUAAGUGUCACCGGUUGCCUGGCUGACUUUAAUGUGUUUAUUUUCCAUCCCUAUGGUGGCAAGAAGACAUCCAAAGAAACCCAAUUUUCACCUUUAAGCGAUAGUGAACGCAAGGAUUCGCUAAGCAUCAAUGUGGAGUUUGUUAAAUUCCAUAUCACUAGAUGCCGCAAGGUCUAUGUUGAGCCAUUGCCCAGCUCUAAACGUGGUUUAGAUCAAAGCCGUGCUGUCAUAAGAUUCUCAACGAUUGUGGAUAUUGGAAGUGCUAGCUUUAAAUAUGAUAUGAGAAGAUUAACCGAGAUUUUGGCUUUCCCCAAGGCCUGGUAUAGACGGCGUAUAGUGCGUAGACUUUUCCUUGGUGACCUAAGUGUUCAUCAGCAGCAGCAGCAACAACAACAGCAACAGCAGCAGCAGCAACAACAACACCAUCAUCAAAAGGCAGAAUCACCCACAGGUUAUAAUCCAACAACACCAAUAGAAGAUCCCAGUCGAACCAAAGAGAAAAUGCGUCUCGAUUUCGAGUCGCAAUCAACACAACAGCAAAUGGGACACUUUGGAGCAGUACGCAAGUUAAAGAACAUAGGAAAAUCCUCCAGUGCCGAAUCAUCUGGUACUCCUCCAUCGGAAAAGAAUCACAUUACCGCUUGGGAGACUUUGGUGUUAUUUGCUGUGAAUUUUACCAAACUAAAUGUCCAAAUGAAUAUUGGCAAUGUCUGUGGCAAUGUUGUGUGGCUAACAAAGGAUUUCCAAUCGGAUGGACGACUCUCUAUAGGCAGCACUGGCUAUAAGAAUAUGUACGCUGGCAUCUAUCUGGGAGGAUCAGCUCUAGAUGCCAAGGGCGGCAUUGUGGGUGGCAGUUUUGAGGUGAACAAAAUCAAUAAACGCUUCCACAUCAAAGAGGAAUCUGGCAUGGAACCCUAUCACACCAUGGGCUUGAGUUUUAUGGCUCUGGAGUUGCGUCUGGAUUAUAUGGGUACUUCGGUACUGAUGACAAGAAUCAGCACCUUCUCGGCAGCCAUGAAAGAUGAAUGGCGCACAUCCACUCAGACUACAGCAAAGGAUCAGCCCAAAGCUGUCAUCUUCAUACAUGGUGAUCUCAGUUGGGAUCAGUUGCAAAUCAUGAUCUCCAAAUCAACUACAGCUGAUCUACUAAAGAUGUACUUCAAGCUAGAAGAGUUCUUCACACAGCAAUUCAAAUCAUCGAAGCGAGUUUUUUCGAGUUUAGAGCCACGCCUACAGGAUCGCACUGCUAGCAUAAAGCGACGGCAGCAGAUGAAAAAGAAACCAAAUGGAGACUUGGCCAUAGCUGGUGGCCUUGGUGGUCCACAGUUGGGCGAGAAUACUGAUGCCCGUCAUCAUCGACAUUGGCAGAAACCCUUAAAUCAGGCAAUUGGCCUGGUAGUGCCCUCUUUGGUCACACGACUACCCCGUCAUGGGAAUGUCUUGGGCGGCACUGUGGAGCUACGUGGCCAAAAUAUCUCACUGGCCUGUUUCCAUGGCAUUAAUUUCAAAUCGAAAUCUUGGGCAUUGUUUAGCUUAAAGUCGCCGUCCAUUAAUUUUGCCACCGAAGCCCGUCAACUGGAGGAUACACACGAGGUUUUGGUUACCCAAACCCUAACUUCUUGCCUGGGCCAGACUACCGAAGUGCAACAGCAACAGAAUCACUCGAUGGCCAUUGUGAGUCGCAUCACAAGGAAUAUAAUCUUUCCGCCACAAUUCAAAACACUCAACGAAUGGUUCCACUAUGCCUUUGCCAACAGUGAAAUUGAUGCUGUGGAUCGUUUUCCCAUGCUGGAAUGUGAGCGUGAAAUAGCCUCAAAUUCAAUUGAACGUACACGGGCAUCGGGGGCAAGUAGUGCUGCUGCCAAGUCCCAGGAACAUAAUCACAAUCGUGAAGUGAUCUUUGCACUGCCCAGCUUGCAGUUGCAUUUCAAGACUGAACACAAACAGGGACCAACCACACCAGAGCCAAACGAAACCAAACCAGAGGUUUUGUGCAGCUUUAUAACCGAAUUCGAUGACCAUAUCUUUGUGACAGUCGAUGCAGAUGCUUUCUUCUUCCUGCACGAUUUGAUCACAUCAUAUGUCAAUGAAAAGGAGAAGGUGAUUGGCGCCCAAUCGGCACGAGCAGCAUCGCCAAAUCUCUCACAGAAGACCAAUUUGAAGCCCUAUCUAACGGAUGAGAUACUCAAGGAGAAGAAGCCAUCUUCCAGUACGAAUUUGACACCCAAGCAGAUGAGUGCCAGCAAAAGUAGCUUGGAACCCAUGCAGGGUAGUUAUACAAAUAUAGCAAAUUCAACGACAGCGAACACAGCAACAGCUAACACGACGACGACGACGACGACGACGACAGCGGCUACAGCUUCGUCGACGAAUUCGACUCCAACUACGACUACGACCACAACUUCCACAAAUGACAGCAAGGAUGGAGCCAAAUUGGGUCCUGACACGGCCACACCAAGCUUUGAUAUUGAAUCAUUUGUGCGUGACUGGAGACAUUUUGAAUGCCAAACGUGGCAUUUAGAGCCCACAGUGCGUCUACUGUCGUGGGCAGGCAAAUCUAUUGAGCCAUAUGGUGUGGAUUAUAUACUCAAUAAAUUGGGCUUCAGUCAUGCACGCACUACCAUACCAAAGUGGUUGCAACGCGGUUUCAUGGAUCCUCUGGACAAGGUUCAGGCUCUAAUGAUGCUCCAGUUGUUGCUAAUGGUCCGCGAGAAUAAAGUGGAACGAGAGAAUAGCACCAGUAGUGGCGGAGGUAAACAACAACACCAAUCAUCCCAAAAUCAUCGCCCAUCAACGAAUUAGCCAUGACAAAUUAUUGACAAUUAUAUAUACAUAUAUAUAAACCUAUAUAUAUAUAAUACUUUUUUAGUUUAAGCUGCAAAUUGUGUAUAAAAAGCGAUUUUUGUAUUAUUAAGAAACAAAACUUAGGCAGCUGAAUAGACAGCUUUUCCACCUUGUAAAUGGUUUGCUCUCAUGUUCCCCCUUACCCCGGUUCAUACCUCACCCCGUUUUUAAUACGUAUUUUCCUUACCGUGUCCUAAACCGUGUCUCUUUUUCUUAGUUCUAGAUGUAUUUACGAUCAAGUGCUUCGUGUAAUUUGCUCAAUUUAUUGCGCUUUGUAAUUAUUAUAUGUGUAUGUAUGUAUGCAUGUCUGUUUGUUUGAUUGAUUAAUUUUAUAGAAGUUUGUGCAAGGAAUGAGCAAAAGCAAUUGUGUUUAAAUUAUAAGUAGCUCUAAUUGAUCUUGAUAUAUACAUGUAUACAAAACAAAUUCUAAGCCUAUCAAUAUAAGUAAUAAAAUCAACCAUGAACAUCUAAAAGAAAAAUAAAUACAAAC